UAAGAAACAUUUCCUCGGUUUAAUAUUUCGAUACCUUUCCAUUKUUCCACCGAUCCCUUUGCUUCGUACCAAUCUUCACCGACACCAUGUUUCGAUUGACCAUUUCCAAAGUUUACAUUCUUGUUCUCGCUGUCAUCGCCGCGUCUUCCGGGGCAAAGGCCAAUUCUGCCACUGACGCCAUCAAUAAUGCGAACGAAUCCGUGAAUGAGGCAUUGAAUAAUGCGAACGAAUCCGUGAAUGACGCAAUGAAUACGGCAAACGAAGCCGUGAGCAAUGCAAACGAUUCGGCAAACGAGGCCAUCAAUAAUGCCAACGAAGCGACAAACGAGGCCAUCAAUAAUGCCAACGAAGCGACAAACGAGGCCCUCAACAAUGCAAACAAUGCCGUCGAUGAAGCUAUUGGUAACAUGCAGGAUACGAACUCAACAAGCGAAGCUUCAGCUGCUGAGGGYGUAGAUGAAGCAGAAUCGUCUUCUGCGGCAUAUGGAAUGAUGGCUGGGGCUGUGUUCUCCRUUCUUGCCACCGUAAUUUCUUUGUAAAGAGACCGAGUAAAGUCUUUUCAUCGUU